AUGGUGGAGCCAUAGACAUACAUAAAUAUGUAUGUCCAUGGGUGGAGUAGUCUACAACUUUUGAGGAGUGGAGGUUUGGACAAUAUGUUUCAUUUUUAGUUAAAGGACAAGCACGUGAUUAUAAAGAGCAACAGGACGACAUAAAACACUUGUAUUAGAUUGUCAACACAACAUCGGCUCGUUCCAAGCAUCUGCAGUGACAGCAUGCUGGCUCAGAACUAGCGAAGAUCUUCAACAGGCAACAAAGAACACAGCGCUUAUGAAGAUUUGAAGAUGUUUUUGUCACUGGCUUCCAUCCUCUCUUUUUUGACUGUUUUUAUUCCUGUCGCACAUUCUGGAAAAAUUCUGGUAUUUCCACAUGAUGGAAGCCACUGGGUGAACAUGAGAGUACUUGUUGAAGAGCUCCAUUUGCAGGGACACAAUGUGACAGUGAUUCGGAAUGCAGACAGCUGGUACAUCAGUAAAACGUCUCCACAUUACAAUGUAAUCACAGUGGAUGUUGAUGGUGGUGGAAAUGAAGAUUUUUUUCGUGCAUUUGUCUCUGAGGUUAUUAAAAUUAAGCGAAGCAUGGGGUCUGCAUGGUCUCACUUUGCUUUACAAAUGGAGUUAAAAGACAAAUUCUAUGAACUGCACAAAAAAGUCUGUGAAGUGAUUGUGUUCAUCUUUGAAAAUGAAGAUUUAAUGAAGUCCUUAAAAGAUGCCAAGUAUGAUGUGGUUUUGACAGAUCCUGCUAAUGGCGGAGGAGUGUUGCUGGCACAUUACCUUGGCGUGCCAUUGGUGUUCAAUGCUCGAUGGACUGUUCAUGGUGAGGCCCACUUUGCUAUUGCGCCCUCUCCACUUUCCUAUGUUCCACUAUCACCUUCAGAGUUAACGGAUCACAUGACCUUCUUUGGGAGGGUCCAGAACAUGUUAUUUUACAUCACGAGAAUGCAUCUGUACAAGCAAAUAGUUGAACCACAUUAUUCUGUAUUGUCAAAUCGCUACAUUGGACCAGGUGUGCAUUAUUUCUCCCUUUUUCAAGCUGCAGAUUUGUGGCUAAUGAGAGUGGACUUUGUUUUUGAGUUUCCACGACCCACCAUGCCUAAUGUUGUUUAUAUGGGAGGUUUCCAGUGUAAACCUGCAAAACCUCUUCCACAACACUUAGAGGAGUUUGUGCAGAGUUCUGGAGAUCAUGGAGUUAUCAUUAUGUCACUAGGGUCUUUGAUUGGAGAACUUCCCUCUGACUUAGCUGAAGAGAUCGCUGCAGCUUUUGGCGAGUUACCUCAGAAAGUGAUCUGGAGGUAUAAAGGUAACAAACCAGCCCUUCUAGACAACAAUACAUUAUUAGUCGACUGGAUGCCACAAAAUGACCUGCUAGGACAUCCAAGUAUUAAACUAUUUGUAAGUCAUGGGGGAACUAAUGGGAUUUAUGAGGCUAUAUAUCAUGGGAUUCCAAUAGUUGGCAUUCCCAUUAUUUUUGAUCAAGCUGACAACUUAUCCCGAAUGAGAGCAAAAGGUGUUGCGAAGGUUUUGGAUGUUUCAGAUUUCGACAGGAAAAUAUUUAAAAAUGCAAUACAGGAAGUCCUUAAUGAACCAUCCUACACAAUAAACAUGCAGAGGCUCUCCAGGCUACACAGAGAUCAGCCAAUGAAGCCACUGGAUCGUGCUAUCUUUUGGAUUGAGUUUGUCAUGAGACAUAAAGGUGCAGCUCAUCUAAGGACUGAGUCCUACAAACUGCCCUGGUAUUUCUACUACUCUCUAGAUGUCAUAUUAUUUUUACUAACAAGUGCACUACUUACAUUGUUUUUUUUUAUCAUGUUACUAUGGUUUUGCUUUAGAUUGUGCUUGAAAAGAAAAGCAAAAUCUGACUAAAAGUCAUUUUCAUAUGUUGAUAUAUUGUUACAGCACAGUCAGAUUGGCUGUGGUUAGUAAAACUGAUUUCUUUCUCAGUCAUUCCCAGUUUGCCAGAAGUACUGUCUCAGCCAGUCCCAGUGUUCAUACUGCUGCACCCAAAAUCUUCUCUAGCCCAUCUUUACUUGAGUUGAUCAUCAUUUAAGUCAUCAUAUAAGUUAACUGUUUUUCAUAUUUCUUUAUUAUAAAGAUCAGUAGUGGUUUGCACAUUUGUCUAAAACACGAUCCCUGGUUCAAGAGCGGUAGGAGAUACAUCCGGCAUAAAAAUCUGCCAAAUCAAAUAUGUGCAAAUAUGUAUGCAAAUAUACAUAUCCUGUAUGUUUAUUUUAGAUGACCUCCUGUAGUCUUCUGAAGUACCUUCGUGGGCCAUCAGGUGGUGCUGGCUACACUUUGGGAAUAACUAAGAAAAAAAUCUACU